AUGGAGCGGGGGCCGGGGCAGCCUCCCCCGGCGCCCGCCGCCCCCUCGGCCGAGCAGGCGCUGCUGCAGGCCCGGCUGGCGCUGGCCGAGCCCGGGGCUCUCCGGGAGCUGAGCGCGCUGCUGCAGGCGGCGGAUCCGCGCUGGCUGCUGGGCACGGCCGGCCCCGCGGCGCUGGGCGAGCUGGCCGCGGCUUUGGGCGACUUGGCGGCACCGCCGCGCCGGGAGCAGGACGGGGCCGAGCCCCCCGGGCAGGACGCGGCGCUGGCCGCUGUGGCGGAGCGGGCAGAGCGCGUUGGAGCCGUGUUCCUGCUGCUCCUGCAGAAGCUGGAAGCUGCCAGGGGCCAGCAUUCGCCAGGGGCGAGCGGCCUGCGGCGGCUGCUGGGACACGCGUUCAUAUUCGCUGUCACACACAAGGAGCAGCGGCCCUGGACCACGGCGAGCAGCCGGGCCGUGGCCCAGGAGGUGCUGGAGCGGCUGGUCCAGGCUGCGGGCUGCGGGUCCGUGGAGGAAUUCCUGCGGGGAAAGGAGGGGGAUGAGGAAGGAAGAUUUGGAGCGGUGAUGGGGCUCCUGAAGAAGGAGUUAACCAAAGACACCUGGAAGUGUAACCCUGCCUCCAAGGACGUGUUUUCCUGGGCUCUGCUCCGCGUGUGCCGGCCCUGGCUGUGCCCGCACCUGGAGCGGGUCCUGCCGCCCGCGCUGCUCCUCUCCGAUGAUUUCCAGGAGGAGAACAAAGUGCUGGGCGUGCGCUGCCUGCACCACAUCGUGCUCAACGUGCCAGGAGCGGAUCUGUGCCAGUUCAACAGGGCCCAGGUGCUGUUCCACGCCCUCUACAACCACCUCUACUCACGGGAGGCCCCUCUCAUCCAGGCAGUGCUGCUGUGCCUGCUGGACCUGCUGCCCAUCCUGCAGCGAUGCCAGAGGCACCAGGGCCAGGGCAGGGCUGUGUCCCCCUGGGACCAGGUGCUGCAGCUGGUGCUGACCCACAUGGAGGCCGAGUACGGGCUGGCACUGCGCAGGGUCUACGCAGGGACCCUGCCUGCCUUUGUCACCAGACUUGGCAUCCUCAUCGUGAGGCACCUGAAGAGGCUGGAGAGAGUCAUCCUGGGCUACCUGGAGGUCUCUGAUGGGCCUAAGGAAGAGGCCAGGCUGGCAAUCCUGGAGACUCUGCAGUGCACCAUAGAGCACGCCUGGCCCAGGAUGCCCUGCAGGCUCCCAGUGCUGCUCAAGGCCCUGCUGAGGCUGCUCUGGGACGUUCACACUGAGCGGGGCCCGACACCAGAGCCCAUCAGAGCUGCCCUGCUCCACAGGGCCACCCAGUGCCUCAUCCUGCUGGAUCACUGCUCCCAGGGCCACGUGAAGGUGCUGCUGCAGGGGGUGCAGAGCAGCUGUGAGGAGAAGCAGGUGAGGGAGUGCCUCAGGAAGGUGCAGGAGAGCACCUGAGGGGCCUGACACUGCUCAGCCCCUUCUGCACAAUAAAUUUCUUGUGUUUAUUGAA